CAGAAACAAAACCAAAACCUCGAAGUGGAAACUCUCUCUCAGCCUGUUCCGACCAGUCGCCCCGACGACGGCCGGCGUCCUCACUUCUCAGCCUCUGUCAUCCUUGAUAAUCUCGCCGUUAUACUCACCGUUCUCCGCCCUGCCGGCGAACGGAUUCUUCUCCACCCGCGGCGGUGGUGGCAUCCUCCUCUAUUCUCCUGUACACAGAUGGACGGCGGAAUCUUCAGUUCACCGUCUGAGUGACCUCCAUCUCCCCGAGCUCCCUUAUCCUUCAUUCCCAGGAGCUUCGACGGUCCUCGCCGUAGGUGAAGGCAGAAUCGGAGGCUCACGGAAGCUAAAAUUGGAAACGGUCGAUCUCAAUCUCACCGGAAUCCUUGAUUUAUAGAGAAACUAGAUGAUAACGAAGCAUGACGGUGUUGAAGAGAUACGUCCUCAGGCUCUUCAUAUCACUCAAGUACAUCACGGCUAACGUGGUGGACAGGAACAACGGGCGGAUUGUGGCCACGGCCUCAACGGUCGAGCAUUCCAUCAAGAACUCGCUUGAGUGCGGGAGGUCAUGCAAUGCCAAGGCCGCUGGGGUCGUUGGGGAGGUCCUGGCCAUGCGGCUCAAGGUGGAAGGCCUUGAGCUCGGGCAGGCGCGGGGGAUCCACUUAGACGUGACCAAGGAGAUCGAGAAGAAAGGGCUUGGGAGUAAGACAAAGGUUUGGGCGGUCGUGAACGCCCUCCGGAGCAACGGGGUCAAGCUGAUACUAGAUGAUGAGGCUCGCGAGGAUUCCUCUCGACCGGGUUUUUUCAACCGGUUCUAGUCCUGAGCCGUUUCUUCUUUACAACUGCAACACUAGAAACUGAUGUGUAUUCGGGAUGAAAAUGUCAUGUUUUUCUGCUCUUGAUUAGAUCGUAUUCGAUCCAAUCCGAUCCCUGCAGCGCCCAUAUGAUAUUAUUCACAGUUCGUCUCUUCUUGUGAACUGUCUUUUUGGCCAUAUAGGGUUGAAUUUUUGGGCUCGUGUGAGGACUUGUCUGUGAAUGGCAAAUGAUGUUUGAUGACUUAUUUGUA